AUUUUUAUAAGUAAGUUUUGAACUCAGGAUCGAACUCUGUAAACAGUCCAUCUGUAAUAAAAUCAUUAGUAUUCCAUGCUGAAUUAUUGGUUUAUUCAUCGCUAGUUCCAGAGUCUCAGUAAUUAAGACAUUGAGAUGUGGUCAUUGAGAUUGUGUAACCGAGGUAGCCGUGACCUACUUUUACGUAUAACUACAGCAUCACACCGAUUAUCGACAACAGACGAUGCACAAGUGGGUGAAAUUUCCGGACAAGAUUCAACUGAAAUAAAACCUUUCAGUCAAAUUCCUGGACCAAAAGGGUUAUACAAUAUUCCUUUUUUAGGAACAGCAUUCCAUUUUAAACCUUUCACAAAAUACCUCCCUGACGAUUUACUGAAUGUCUUAAGCGACGCACGUGACAAGUAUGGCGACAUUGUUAAAAUACGGAUGGGGAAAGAUUACAUAGUUUAUGUAUACCAUCCUGAUUAUGCCAAAACAGUCUUCCAGUUUCCUUUCAAGGAACACCUCCGGGUUGGGAUGGACCUAAGUGAGACGUUCCAUGACAGAAGUGGUGUGCCAAGAGAUCUUGGAACAUUACAAGGCGCUGCAUGGGCUGCCCUCAGAAAACCAUCACAGGAAAAGAUGCUUCGACCAGCAGUUGUUGCAAAUUAUGUGCCUUUGAUUGAAAGAGUUACGAAUGACUUUGUAGAGGAGUUGCGAAAGAAAGGAAGUGUAGACGAUCUGCUUAAAGAGCUGAUGAAUUAUACGACAGAAAGUGUUGCGAUGCUUUGUUUUAACAGAAGACUAGGGUAUUUGGAAAGUAAUUCAGAUACAGAAAUUGUUAAACUUAUCACGAAGUUCUUCAUUGAUUUUCAGACAUCAAUUACAAUGCCUUUCAAGACUUAUAAACUCUUCAGAACAAAACUGUAUAAAAGAUUCGAAAAGACAUAUUUGGACAUUUAUAGCAUAGGUAGAAAAGAGAUAUCAGCUCAAAGAAAAAUGUUAGAAAAAUUACAAAAAGAAGGUGAACUCGAUCAGUAUCUUCAGGACGAACCAAACUUCAUAUACUCGCUACUUAACGACACAAGAAUGACGGAUGAUAAAAUCAACAGCGUUAUUAUGUCUUUGUUCAUAGCAGGAAUUGAUUCGACUGCGAAUACAAUCGCCUUCGUAUUAAUCAAUUUAGCAUUAAAUCCAGAAAAACAAGACCGGUUAUACCAAGAAAUAAAGGAAACUAUGGGUGAUGAAAAUACUCUAACGAAGGAACAUCUAGCAGAAAUGUCUUACCUCAAAGCAUGUGUCAAAGAAUCUCAAAGGUUAGUGUUUCCAUUGAUGCUAGGUGCUAUCCGUUACCUAGAGGAGGACAUUGUACUAGGGGGCUACCAUAUACCCAAAAAUACACUAGUCCAUCCAAAUAUGAACUCUAUGACAAUGGAUAACAGAUUUUACCCCAGACCUACAGAAUAUAUUCCUGAACGAUGGUUUCGUGGUUCAAAAGACGAUAUUGCCAAAGGCCAGGACUUUCCAUUCGGAAUGAUGCCUUUCGGGUUUGGACCAAGAGGUUGCAUUGGACAAAGAUUCGCAGAAACUGAAAUGUACAUCGGUGUCGCAAAGGUUAUACAGAACUUCAAGAUAGCUUUACCGCCAGGAGUAACCGGAGUGAAAACAAAGCUCAAGACUUUUACAACACCGGCAGAAAGUGUGCGUCUACAUCUAACGGACAGAAAUAUAUUGAACGUAUAGAAUAUGAUAAUUACUUUACAUCAUUAAUACUCAUUAUGAUAUGCAUGUAGUAUGAGAUAAUUUAUGUACAUUUUCUUGUAAAUUGAAACGCAAUAUUAACCGAGAUAUGUAUACUCGGGUUCUUUUAUAGAAAUACAUAAAAGGUAGAGUACUUCCGAUAAGUAAAAUAUAUUUUUCAAAUUAUGGACUUUUGACGAGAUCAAUAAGUUGUAUGGACCUGUUCAGAUUGUAUUGACCGAGGACGAAGUCCGAGGGUCAAUAUAAUCUAACAGGUCCUUAUAUAACGUAUUGACUAUUAAGUGAAAGUCCUUAAUUUCAAUAUUAUAUAUGUAAAUAAUGUAUUAGGAAAAUAACGUUCAAUGUUAUGUCUUGUAUUUUUAAUUUGUUUUUUUGCAAGAAUUCAAGUUAUCAAAAAUAUUUUAAAAUAUUUUGAACAACUUCGUAGCUUGUUGCAUUAAUUUCUUGUAUUCUUAGCGUCUGUAUUUGACAUAUAAAGUUCUUAAAAUAUCCAGUGAAAUUUGUGUACUGUGGGGCUUCCUCCGUGGUUGUUAUGUGUGACGUCAUGACGUCAUAAAUCUAAAUUUAGUAACAUUUUCAUAUUGACCACCAAUAUACGUAUAAAUAGAAAUAUAGCGUUAAAAUACGUAAAAAUAGAAACAUAGCGUUAGUAUACGUAAAAAUAGAAACAAGGCGUCAAAUACGUAAAAUAACCGUUGAAACACGUGAUCAUCAUAUCCAAGGAAAACAGUAGAAUGCUACGCCAUAUGUAAUAUUUCCUUUUAUUGUUCCUCCUUAAAGUUUAGUACCUACGACAUAUGUAUCCAGGAAAACAAGAUGACAGAAAUGAACAUUAUUUUAACAUUGCCACUCGGACUUCUUU